UAGUUUGACCAGGCAAACCUGAGAGGCGGCUGGCUUGACCGCAGUCUCAAACAGGCCGUGACCACCACUGGGCGGAGCUCACAGUGCUUCGUCUCUGAUAAAGAAGCUACUUCAGGUGAAUAUUUGUAAUUUUAUUUUGUCACGGAGUAGUCUCGUGAAGUUCUACCUGUUUCCACGGCGUCGUUCCAUCGCGGAACCAAGUCAUGGGGUAAAGUAUGAGUCCUUCUCUUGACUCACUGAACAAUGACUUCAUCAGUCGGGGGGAAUUUCCGUAUUUGAAACACUCAACCACGACUACCGCUCUGUUGACGGCUCAGAGGAUCUUCGUGCUCACGUCUGAUCGCCCGUUCAGAUGGACCCGUCCACUUUCCUUUACGAUGUCCGACCGGCGGUCGUCGAGAGACUGUGUAAAAUCCUGGACAGUGGAGAUGACAGGCUCGGAUGGCGCGGACUAGCUGUCCGAGUCGUCCCCAACUUGUUGGAGGUUCGCAUGUUGGAGCGAGUGGAGGCGGCCGGCCGGAGUCCCAGUAGGGAGCUGCUGUGGUCCUGGGCUCAGGAGAAUCCAAGGGUGCAGGACCUGCUUAAGGUGCUGCAGGACAUGGGCCACCGCAGGGCCCUGCAGGUCCUCCAGGGUCCAGCUCAGUCGGACUCGCCUGUGGCCCCCAGCAGUCAACACUCAGAGUCCAGAGGGCAGAUGUCAGCAGAUGAAGAGAAGGGAUCCUCCCAACGAGAGGAGAGUUCUGCAAGUCCAUCAUUAUGCCUCGUGAGCUCCCCCGGAGAAACUCAGCCACCCGUAAUCACUUUCCAAGACAUCAUAGAUGGAACCAGGGAUUUUCAUCAUGAAAUGAGAAUUGCAGAGGGACAAUUAUCUGUCUACAGAGCACAGAUUGGAAACAAAAAGGUUGCGGUGAAGCUUCUUAAACAGACAAAUAUGGCGUCAUGGAAGAAGCUGUGGGACGUCUUCAGGAAAGAAAUGGAAAUUCAUCAUAUGUACCAACAUCCAAACAUCUUAGAUCUGUUGUGCUGUUUCUCCGAUGAGGGCCGCUACUGUCUGGUCUACCCUUACCUCCCCAAUGGAUCCCUCUUCCACAGACUGCACCAUCAGGACAGAGAGCCCCCUCUCUCCUGGCAACAGCGUCUCGCCAUCAUUAAGGGGACUGCGAAGGCCUUGCAUCACCUUCACACAGCACAGCCCUGCCCGGUGAUCUGUGGCAACAUCUCCAGUUCCAACAUACUCCUGGAUGACGCCCUGCAACCCAAGCUGUCCAACUUUGGGUUGGCUCGUCUCCGUCCUCAUUCAUCCAAUCAGACCUGCACUGUCACUCUGGACACGAGGUCCCACAGCAACCUGGGAUACCUCUCUGAGGAGUUCAUCCGAGACGGAAAGCUGUCCUUUAGCCUGGACGUUUACAGCUUUGGAAUGGUAAUAAUGGAAACAGUAACAGGACGGAAGGUCAGAGAAGAAGUACCAAAACAAACAUCACUGAGAGAUCUGCUUGUAACCGAGGUGGAGGACAGCGGCGGCGUGGACUCUUGUCUGCAGUUCUUGGAUGAGGCUGCUGGCCGGUGGCCGACGUCCAUAGCCCUCGACCUCCUGCGUCUGGCCCUGGACUGCGCUACUGCCCGCCCCCGCAGCAGACCGAGCAUGGAGAAUGUGCUUCUAGCUUUGAGCAAGCUGCUUCCUCCACCAAGCUGCCCCCCUGCCGAUCAACCCCAGAGCCUGGACGACAGAGACCCUUUUGAAGCCAAGGCGAGCCCCCCGCCCUCCAUCCCCGUAGAGCACGACGAGCAGUGCAGCCCCGCUUCCCUGAUGCAGGCAGGGCCCAGUGAAUGCAGCCAGUCGGAGGUGACGUAUCUGAGUGAGGUUGGGGGGGCGGUGGACCUGUACAGCAGCUGGCCUGUACAGUGCAGCUGCCCUGCUGAGACUGGCGGUCUGUCCUGUGAGGACUGCAGGGCCAACGGCUUCACCAGCGACCACGCAGACGGCCCUCAGACUGAAUCCCUUGUGGUGGAAAAUGCAGCCAAGGAGAGACUGAGGAACAAAAUGAGUCUUUACAACAGAGGGCUAAUUCACUCACAGGAACUGUUCUCUGAGAUGAGCCUGCAGUAGAGACCAGACUUCCUGUUAACAGUCCCGACAACAUUGUGUGUCCAGGAUUUGAACUGUUUCAUAAAGCUAUGGUGUUCAAAAGGUCAUAUCAAUAAUAAUAUUUUUUUUAUAUAGACAAAUAUUUAAAUAAAAUAGACACUAUUGCUGAAGAUGCUGAAUAAAAGUAUUGCUUUUCCUGAAGGAAAAAGAACAUGAUUGCAAAUGAAUGAUUUUAAAAUGUUGACCGGUCCAAACUGAAUGUUUUCUUAAUCUCUGUGGAAGAUAUUUUCUAAAAAGUCUUGUGGACCUUUUAUAAAAUGAGGUUUGGCACCAAGGGUAACGCUGCAUUGCCACAGAUCAAGUAAGCAGUUUGUGUGGAAAAAGAUGAGAAAAAUGCCUGAGUUUGAUGGUAAGCACGUGGCUUCACGACGGUAACGUUACCAAAGUGCCAAAAGGAGGCUGCCUCUGUAUUAUAUUUACUGUGGCAACAAGUGACAACUCCAGUUAUCACAAACAACAAUAACCCAUAAAAAUGACCUACACUUUAACAAAACCAACAAGAACUUCCAACCGCCAUAUCCCUUAACUAAAGUGUUGUCACCGAUUACAUUGUCAAAAUGAUAAAAAAUGAUCCCUGAGGAGCUGCAUUAGCAUUAGUUAAGGUAGCGUAAAACAAAGACACAUCAGAGGGGAUUUAGAAGUGGGUGUAAUCAGUUCACGGUAAAAAAGAUUGGAAAAAAACAAAGUUGCAAUGCUUCAGAGCAGAACAUGGUAAACAUGGAACUUGAAUAAUAGAAUAUUUUAAAGGUUAAAUGGACCAAACCACAGACAUUUUGUAAACAUAUGUAAAGACGAACUCUAUUACUAAACUCUGCUGUCAGCUCAGCUUCGGGGCUCCCAUGUCAUGCAGCGUGAGCUAUGUGGUGACAUUAAACAGAAAUACGAUAUAACAUCAGCCAGGUGCAAAAUAAUUUGCAUUUUCUCAAAAACAAAUGUUUCAUUGAAUGAUUUUAAAGUGACAUAACAUCCUUAUUUACAUACCUUCACAUUGUGCUUGUGUCUUUUUCAAAUUUGCGUUUCAUUUCUUCUACUUUAUUUUAAUGACAUGAGAAGAAAAAGUGGACAUGCUACUCUCACUGUGAGGUUACAGGUGUAUA